UCCAACAUGGCGAACUUGCGUCCGUUGCAACCGCAUACAAACUAAUUGUUAACUGUGAAGCGUUAUAACUUGAUCUCAAACUUAAGUUGCAAGUCGACAGUUAUGUAGCAGGAUAUACUCUUUUCAUUGAUUGUCGAAAGGGAUGUAUUCAGAGGAUCCCUGUGGACAAGGUGCUGAUAUACUGAUCUGCUUUGACAGUUGAUUCUCAUGGCUCUUACACAGGAUACCCUGUGUUACAGGCUACAAAACAUGACUUCUGACUUUGGUGGGAGACCGGUCAGCGCCCUGGCCCGAGGGGUGCAGAUCACAGAGUUUAAGGAUACUAGAGUGAACCCAGAACCAAUAGUGUUAGAGGACAGUGAUGUCCUACUGGAGCAGUACCUCUCUCCGGGCAAAUUGAAACUUUUGACUGGAGUACAGAAUCUAGAUUCAGUGAGCAGUCUGGAACUGAAGGUUGAUACUUCUGACACCAGUCUGGGGAAUUUCGGAUCAUUACUACCAAACUUGUCUCAACUAAGACUCUCCAACAGUGUUAUACCCUGUAUCAGGGAUCUAGGAUCAUCACUGCGGUUUGUACAAGUACUGUGGAUGUCGCGAUGUUCCCUCGUUGAACUUGACGGUGCAUCCUCGAUGAGCAGUCUCAAGGAAUUAUACCUAUCGUACAAUGAAAUUUCCGAUAUCAGUCCUCUCAGCAUGUUAGAUAAACUUCAAAUUCUAGAUUUAGAAGGGAAUAAUUUAGACGAUAUAUCACAAAUUCAGUACUUGUCAUUCUGCCUCAAGUUGAGGAAACUCACAUUAGAGGCAAACCCACUUUGUGUUCACCCUGCACCGGAUAAAGAUGAUGCAAAUUACGACUACAGACAAGAAGUGAAGAGAAGCAUUCCUCACGUUGUCACACUGGAUGACGAGCCAUUAAUGAUUGAGUCAAUAUCGAGCAAACCAAAAAAUGUUUUUGAUGCCGACUGGGCCUUUUUAGAGGAGUUACACAAAGAUUUAGGACUGACAGGGUCAAUGGAGAGCUUAGAAGCUUCUGAUGGAGGGGGAGGUCCAUCAGACUCGAGUCGUCCUAGCAGUGCGUCCUUGCGUCCCUCCACUGCCUAUAGACCUGGAAGUGCCAUGAGGCCUUCAUCAGGUUUCCGUCCUUUGACAGGUUCAAGGCGCCCUGCAACAACAUCAGGAAGUUUACGCCCUGGCACAGCUCGGCCUGGCACGGCCAGUAACACAAAUACUACUGAUGUGCGGUCAGAAGAAGCAUCAAGUGAUCUGACUUUAGGGAAGGUCAUCUGUGGUAACCCCUCCAAAGCCUUGUUGUCACGGCGACGCAUCACAGGACCCGAAAACAAAGAGGCAACAGCUCCUAAAAUGUUCCCACAGUUUAAACAUCAGCCAGAGCAUACGUACGAUCUACCACAGGAGGACGACAGAGAUCGAUCAGAAAUAAUGUCAGAAUUACGGGCCUGGAAACAGGAACAUGAAAAGCGUAUGAUAAAGAUUAAGGAGGCCAAGGCCCCUCAAGUUUUAGUCGUGGACCACGAUGAUGCGAUCAGCCUUUCUGGUGAGGAAAUCACAUCGGAUGAAGAUGAGGAAUUGGAUGACAACCUUGGGAUCACCCCUCUUGGUGCAGAUAUUACAGAAAAAGACGACAGAUUGACGAAUCACAAAAUGGUUACAGACAGCCUUCGCAGUAAACAGCGGUCACCUGAUGACCAGGACUUGACCACUAGUGUCCCUGCCAGGUCGAUGCUUGACCAGUUGUCAGGAAGUGAGGGUGCUCGUCCCAAGUCAAGAGGCCCAAUGCGCCCAUCUCCUCCUAUGAAGCCAAUCACUGGUGUGAGAGGAAAUAGUCCUGUGAGGGGUCCACUCAGGGUGUCGGACAAUCUGGGUCUACCCCGAGCCCCUUCAUAUGCUACGUCUACAGACGAGCCUAGCCCUCUAUCUGCUGGGUCAGGGUCUAGUAGUCUCAGGAAAAAGUAUGAUCGCAGCAAUAUCUACUCUGAGGCUGUACAGCCUGUUAUAAGAGGCUCGUCAGCAGCUGCAGCAGAAAGACCCCUCCCUUCUACUCGACCGUUCACUGCCAAUGCCAUCCUCCAACCCUCUCUUCCAUCCACACAACAAAGGAUUCGUCGUACCCUUCCGUCGGUCCCCAGUCUACCCUCCCGUCCACCGGUUCCAAAGUAGCCAAAACAAAUUUUGCUCCUGGACCAAUAUGAAUUUUUAUUUUGCUACAUCUGCUUAAAUUCCAUGUCGUCAUGAUGGACAUUUUCGGUAAUUGGCGUCAUUCCUGUUCCAGAAUGUUGACAUGCUAUAUUUGCAUAAAUUGUAAACUUAGGAUAUUACAUGUGAUAGAUAGGCAUGGCUUUAUUCUAGAGAUUUUGCAUGUGGACAACAUUAUAUGUGGAAAGUGUUUAAGCUUCUUGUGAUGUUGUGGAUGGACCUACAAGGAAAUAAUUCCAUAAUUGAUCAUAGUAUAAAGUGUUCACGUGAACAAAAACUCAAGGAAUAACAUUUUAUGAUAAUGUUGCUAAUUUAUAAAAGUUUCCGAGAAUCUCCGGAAAAG